AUGGCGCUCGCAACAGCUUCAAUCGAUGAUCCCGAAACAUGGCAUCUUUUUGCCAACCUCGACAAUGAGUUCUUGAAGAUGGUGGAGGGUGGCGUGCAGUCGAGGUUCCACCGGGGCGAUGCACCCUUGGGCUUGCCCGAGAUGCGUGCGAAAUGGGAUGCGGACUUCAGGAAGGAAGCAGACCUUCUCCUAGAAGAGUCGAAAGGGGAAGUAUCGGAGGAAGAAAUUUCCAUCUCUGUCCGGGAUGGUAGCACGGUGCGCGCGCUGGUAUAUCGCCGCACGUGCAGCCCAGCGGAGAAAGGGCCGCUUUUCAUUAUCCUCCAUGGCGGAGGAUUUCGAAUAGGCAACGCGGAAAUGGAAGCGCGCGCAUGUAUCGGUGCCACACAGACCUAUGGCUGUGUCUCAGUCAGCCUGGAGUACCGGCUGUCUCCAGAGAACAAAUUUCCGGUGGCUUACGAUGACGCGUGGGACGCGUUGUUAUGGCUAUCCAGAAACGACUCUUCUUUGGGUGCGGAUGUCGCCCAGGGAUUUGUAUUCGGAGGCACAUCGGCCGGAGCUCAUAUAGUAAAUGCCCUUGUCCAUCGAGCACGCGACGAGAUGCUCCAUCCUCCAGUGACAGGUGUCUACCUGAGUGUCCCACCAUCUUUAGCGCCACAGGCCCUGACAGAUGAGUACAGGGAUCUAUAUCGAAGCAGAGAGGCACUCAAAGAUGGGUUCACGCUGACGUCCGAGUCCAUCGAGUUGUAUGAUCGAGAUGUAGAACCCGACUUCACUUCUCCUCUCUGGAGUCCUCUUCUUUGGCCGACUGGACACGCCAAUUUGCCGCCUACAUUUUUUCAAAUUUGCGGUGCUGAUCUAUUGAGAGACGAUGGCUUGAUUUAUGAGAGGGAAUUGAGACUGAAAUGUGGCGGCAAGACCAGGGUUGUUGUUUACAAUGGCCUGCCACACGUCUUCUGGUACACCCAUCCAUCUCACCCUACCAGUGAGAAAUUUGCUAAAGAUACAAUCCUCGGCUUGGGCUGGCUCCUUGGCAAAGAAGUCUAG